AUGGCGGACAGUAGCGGCCUCCCUUUAUCAUCCUUCAUCAUGGAUGAAGAAACUCUGAAGAGAAAACAAAAAGAGAAGCUGAAGAAGUUGAUGGCCACUGGAGGCAAUCCGAGGCCUGCACGUUCUCUUCUCUUUUUGACCCUGAGGAACCCCUUCCGUAGGGCUUGCAUCAGUAUCGUGGAGUGGAAACCUUUUGAAAUUAUUAUCCUUCUGGCCAUUUUUGCCAACUGCGUGGCCUUGGCUGUGUACCUACCCAUGCCCGAGGAGGACAGCAACAACACCAACAGCAAUCUGGAAAGCCUGGAGUACCUUUUUCUCAUCAUCUUCUCAGUAGAAUGUUUUCUGAAGAUAAUUGCCUACGGAUUCCUUUUUCAUGCAGAUGCAUAUUUAAGAAACUGCUGGAAUAUUUUAGACUUUGUGUGUGUAUCAGUUGGACUGUUCACUGUGGUCGUGGAUGCUAUUAAUCACAUCAGUGGGGUGGAGGCUGCAGUUGGAGAAAAGGGUGGUGGUUUUGAUAUGAAAGCUCUGAGGGCUUUCAGAGUUCUUCGACCGCUGAGGCUGGUAUCUGGAGUGCCCAGCCUGCAAGUGGUGAUGAACUCCAUCCUAAAGUCAAUGCUUCCCUUGUUUCACAUCGCCCUGCUCGUCUUUUUCAUGGUUACCAUCUACUCUAUUAUGGGACUUGAGCUCUUCAAGUGCAAAAUGCAUAAAACCUGCUACUACAAAGGCUCUGACAUCAUCGCUACAGUGGAGAAUGAGAAGCCUGCUCCGUGUGCGCAAGCAGGAAAUGGCCGUCGCUGCACUAUCAAUGGCACAGAAUGUCGAGCUGGUUGGCCCGGUCCAAAUCACGGCAUCACUCACUUUGACAACCUGGGAUUUUCCAUGCUGACGGUGUACCAGUGUAUCACCACACAGGGAUGGACUGAUGUUCUCUACUGGGUAAAUGAUGCUAUCGGGAUGGAAUGGCCUUGGAUCUUUUUCACAACACUCAUCCUGGUCGGGUCGUACUUCGUGCUCAACUUGGUUCUGGGUGUACUUAGUGGGGAGUUCACCAAAGAGCGAGAGAAGGCCAAGUCUCGGGGAGAGUUUCAGAAGUUGAGGGAGACCCAGCAGCUUGAUGAGGACCUGAAGGGAUACAUGGAGUGGAUUACUCAAGCUGAAAUCAUGGAUAACGACCAGGAAGGACAAGGUCUGCUCGCCACUGAAAACGGCGGAUCAGAGGCAGGGAGUGCUGGUAAAAUGGACACAAUGCAGUUGAUAAUUUAUUACUAUAAAGUGGCUCGCAAGUGGAACCGCUGGCUCCGCCGUAAAUGUCGUGUGUAUGUAAAGUCGAAACUUUUCUACUGGUGGGUGAUUAUGCUCGUCUUCUUCAAUACGCUUGCUAUUGCAACGGAACAUCACAAGCAGUCGCAAAGGCUCUCGAACUGGCAAGACAACGCCAAUAAUCUGCUGCUAGCCAUGUUUUCUCUGGAGAUGUUCAUGAAGAUGUACGCGCUGGGCUUGUCUUCGUACUUCAUGUCGCUCUUCAAUCGCUUUGACUGCUUUGUGGUGUCCACCGGCAUCAUGGAGCUCAUCCUCGUGCAAAUGAAUAUCAUGUCAGUCAUGGGGAUCUCGGUGCUGCGAUGCAUUCGGCUCUUACGCUUGCUCAAAGUCACCAGAUACUGGACGUCUCUGAGUAAUCUGGUGGCUUCCCUCUUAAACUCGGUCCGCUCCAUCGCCUGUUUGCUGCUACUCCUCUUUCUCUUUAUUGUCAUAUUCUCCCUGCUGGGGAUGCAAGUUUUUGGAGGAAAGUUCAACUUUCCCAACCAGCCGAAACCCCGCAGCACUUUUGAUAGCUUCCCUCAGGCCCUGAUCACCAUUUUCCAGAUCCUGACAGGCGAGGACUGGAAUGCUGUUAUGUAUGACGGCAUCAUGGCACACGGAGGCCCCAGCAUGCCUGGAAUACUCGUUAGCAUCUACUUCAUCAUCCUGUUUGUCUGUGGAAAUUUCAUUCUUUUAAAUGUCUUCCUGGCCAUUGCCGUUGAUAAUUUGGCUGAGGCUGAGUCUUUAACUUUGGCUCAGAAGGAGAAAGCCGAGGAAAAAAAGAAAAAGAAAGCACUCAGGGCCAAUUUACCCAGCAAGACGUCAGAGGAAAAAGCUAAUCUGGCAAAGAAGUUAGCGGAGCAAAGGGCCAAGGGCGUUGAAGGCAUCCCUACUACUGCCAAGCUCAAAAUCGAUGAGUUUGAAUCCAACGUGAAUGAAAUUAAAGACCCUUUCCCCCCAGCUGAUUUUCCUGGUGAUGAUGAGGAGGAGGACCCUGAUAUUCCGGAAAGUCCAAGACCUCGUCCGAUGGCCGAUCUUCAAUUGAAAGAGGAAGCCGUUCCCAUGCCAGAAGCUAGUUCAUUUUUCAUCUUUGGACCACAAAACAAGUUCCGAAAGCUGUGCCACCGCAUCAUUAACGCAACAACAUUUACCAACAUCAUCCUCCUUUUUAUUCUGCUGUCAUCUGUUUCUUUAGCAGCAGAGGAUCCUAUCGAUCCAAUGUCCUUCAGGAACCAGGUGUUGGCGUACGCCGAUAUAGUCUUCACUUCGGUUUUUACAGCAGAGAUCGUGCUCAAGAUGACAACAUACGGUGCCUUUCUUCACAAAGGAUCCUUCUGCCGGAACUCAUUUAACAUUUUGGAUCUACUGGUUGUCAGUGUAUCUUUGCUCUCAAUGGGCAUGGAAUCCAGUGCCAUCUCAGUGGUUAAGAUUCUCAGGGUUUUGAGGGUAUUGCGCCCCCUGAGGGCCAUUAACAGAGCAAAGGGACUCAAGCAUGUGGUCCAGUGCGUGUUCGUCGCUGUUAAGACCAUCGGAAACAUCGUACUGGUCACCAUGCUGCUUGACUUCAUGUUUGCCUGCAUUGGAGUUCAACUCUUCAAGGGCAAAUUCUAUUCCUGCACUGAUUCAGACAAAAUGACUGAGGAAGAAUGCAAGGGUUACUAUAUCAAAUAUCAGGAAGGAGCACUUCAUGAUAUGGAGGUCCGUGAAAGAGUUUGGACCAACUCGGAACUAAACUUCGAUAACAUCCUCAACGGAAUGCUUGCACUCUUCACCAUUUCUACAUUUGAAGGAUGGCCGAAGAUACUUUAUAAAGCCAUUGAUUCCAAUGUGGAGGAUAAAGGGCCCGUGUACAACAACCGAGUGGCAAUCUCAAUUUUCUUUAUCAUCUACCUCAUCCUAAUUGCCUUUUUCAUGAUGAAUAUAUUUGUGGGCUUCGUCAUCGUCACCUUCCAGGAGCAAGGAGAGCAGGAGUACAAGAACUGUGAGCUGGACAAAAACCAGCGCCAGUGUGUGCAGUACGCUCUUAAGGCUCGACCGCUACGAUGUUAUAUUCCCAAGAACCCCUACCAGUAUCAAGUGUGGUACAUUGUCACUUCCUGCUACUUUGAAUACCUCAUGUUCCUUCUUAUUAUGCUCAACACCAUGUGUCUUGGAAUGCAGCAUUGUAACCAGUCCAGCCACGUCACACACCUGUCGGACAUGCUGAAUGUCAUUUUUACUGUGCUCUUCACCGUGGAGAUGAUACUGAAACUCAUGGCCUUCAAAGCUAAGGGUUACUUUGGAGACCCCUGGAAUGUUUUUGACUUUGUCAUUGUCAUUGGAAGUGUUGUGGAUGUGAUUCUGAGUGAAAUUGAUGCAGCUCUGGAGUCUUCUGGAGGGCUUUACUGUCUCCACGGCUGUGAAGCAGUGGAUCCUAUGCAAGCAAUUGCUUCUUCAGAGAACAUGAGCGUGUCCGUCACCUUCUUCAGACUAUUUCGCGUCAUGCGUCUGGUGAAACUUUUAAAUCGCUCUGAAGGAAUAAGGAAUCUCCUGUGGACUUUCAUCAAAUCCCUUCAGGCUCUUCCCUACGUGGCCCUGCUCAUUCUAAUGCUGUUCUUUAUAUAUGCCGUGGUAGGAAUGCAGAUAUUUGGGAAAAUUGCUUUGGUUGACGGUACCUACAUUAACAGAAACAACAACUUCCAGACGUUUCCACAUGCCGUGCUCCUCUUAUUCAGAUGUGCAACAGGGGAAGCAUGGCAUGAAGUGAUGCUGGCGAGUAUGUAUGGAAAGAAAUGUGACCCCAAGUCAGAUUACCUUCCCGGAGACGAGUUUACCUGUGGAUCCAACUUUGCAGUCAUUUACUUCAUCAGUUUCUACAUGCUCUGUGCAUUUCUGAUUAUCAACUUGUUUGUGGCUGUCAUUAUGGAUAACUUUGACUAUCUGACACGGGAUUGGUCCAUCCUUGGCCCCCAGCACUUGGAUGAGUUCAAGAAAAUCUGGGCAGAAUAUGACCCUGAAGCCACGGGGCGUAUUAAGCACCUUGAUGUAGUGACACUCCUACGGCGAAUACCUCCUCCUCUGGGUUUUGGAAAGUUUUGUCCUCAUCGCAUUGCCUGCAAGAGGCUGGUCUCCAUGAAUAUGCCUCUCAACAGUGACGGGACAGUCACCUUCAAUGCGACGCUGUUUGCCCUGGUUAGAACUGCACUGAAAAUCAAGACAGAAGGGAAUUUUGAACAAGCCAACGAGGAGCUUAGAGCUAUUAUUAAGAAGAUCUGGAAGCGGACUAGUAUGAAACUACUGGACCAAGUCAUCCCACCCAUUGGAGAUGAUGAAGUGACAGUCGGAAAAUUCUAUGCAACAUUCUUAAUCCAGGAUUACUUUCGGAAAUUGAAGAAAAGACAAGAAGAAUACUAUGGUUGCAGGCCCACAAAGAAAAAUGCAACAAAUGAAAUACAGGCAGGACUUCGGAACAUUGAGGAGGAGGCCGCUCCAGAGCUGCAUCGAGCCAUCUCUGGGGAUCUCCUGAAUGAGGACGAGAUAGUUAGCGAUGAUGCCGUAGAGGAAAUCUUCAGGAGGCAAGGAAGUCUUUUUGGAAACCACUCUGAUCCUUUUGCCAUGGAGAGCGAUAUGGCCAGUAGCAACCAGGCUACCAGUCAGCGCCCACUGCAGAGGGCAGAGGGCAUCGUAAACAACAACACCAAAGCUGCCGAGAAAUGACCCCCCACCAACCACCAACAGCACAGGAGUACCUCUUGUAUUAGGAAACAACACUUAACCCCCCCCCCCCCGACGCAUAUUGGCAGAUUUAUUUUCUCUGUUUUUAUGACAACAUUAGUGGAAAGUCGUUUGAUGGCACUAUCUGCAGCUCUUAAUCCAGCAGAAGGUGAAAAUUUGAGCCAUAUUUUAGGGUUUGGAGUAUAGAAAAAUAGAAUUUUUUUGGGGGGGGGGCAUCCAUUAUUUGUGAGUUUUGACCUGUUAUUGACGGUUUUGGAAUAUAAUCCUCAACUAGCAGGCAUCUAUGCUACUGUGAUUUAAUUUGCACGUUUUUAAACUAUUUAUGAGGCAGAAUUAGGCGGCACGGCGGUCGAGUGGUUAGCGCGCAGACCUCACAGCUAGGAGACCAGGGUUCAAUUCCACCCUCGGCCAUCUCUGUGUGGAGUUGGCAUGUUCUCCCCGUGCAUGCGUGGGUUUUCUUCGGGUACUCCGGUUUCCUCCCAAAUUCUGAAAAAACAUGCUAGGUUAAUUAGCGACUCCAAAUUGUCCAUAGGUAUGAAUGUGAGUGUUUUUUCGAAUUCACCGUUCACGUUUUAGAAAUUCCAACAAUAUAGAACAUACUUACAAACAAUAUAGCGUAUAUAAAUAAUAAUACAAUUACAUGAAGGCGGCACACGGUCGAGUAGUUAGCACGCAGACCUCACAGCUACUCCUCCUCUCCCAAGGCGUCCCUCAAGGUUCAAUGCUUUGUCCUCUCGUCUUCAUCCUCUACCUCCUCCCACUUGGUUUGAUUAAAAUUAAAUUCAUCAAGACUGCACGAGUGGUUAUCACACAGGCCUCACAGCUAGGAGACCAGGAUUCAAUUCCAAUUCCUCGGCCACCUCUAUGUGGAGUUCCAUGUUCUCCCCGUGCAUGCGUGGGUUUUCUCCGGGUACUCCGGUUUCCUCCCACAUUCCAAAAACAUGCUAGGUUAAUUAGCGACUCCAAAUUGUCCACAGGUAUGAAUGUGAGUGUGAAUGGUUGUUUGUCUAUAUGCGCCCUGUGAUUGGCUGGCCAUUAGUCCAAGGGUGUACCCUGCCUCUCGCCUGAAGACAGCUGGGAUAGGCUCCAGCACCUCCCGGAAUGCCUAAAAGCACUGAUUUGGCAGCGCAACGCCAUCACUAUUUAUGUAAAAACUUAAAAACCAUCUUCUUGGCUCAUCUAUAAGCUCACGUAUGAACUCUAUUUUUGUUGCCAUCGUUAUAUUUCCGCCUUUAGUUGUACCAGGCAUUAAAAUCAACAAAUAAACUAAAGACACAAGUCUGGUCUAAUCAUUUUUCCAUGACUGUAUACGAAGGCAGAGACGCUGUAAUCAGGGAAAAGCUGAAGUAAACAAACAAAGCACUAGUUGCACACUGUGGCCUUGGAUCAGGUUCAAGUCUGCCUUGAAGAAUGUUUUCAAAGACUUGCCAUGUGAUGUGUUUGAUGUCUCUGUAAGAUAAACGAUGAUAUAUAUCUGCAUUGCUUUCCUCCAUCAAGUUCUGUUUGUUCAAGGCCUUUUGGACGGUCACUUUUCUUGAUCCACCUCCGUUUUGUUUUGUUUUUUUGGUGCUUACCUAUUAAUAUGUCCGGUCUCCAAAAUGCAAGCAUCCCGUCAAUUUUUCUUUGAUUCUUCUGAGUGUUCUUGGGAAAAGUAUGAUUGACGCUCUUAAGCACAUGACCCACUUUAUUACUUGUCAGCUUUCCGCUAAGUCUCUAAAAAAACCUUGGACUUGCUACUGCCGGAUUAUUUUCCAUUUUGUUUACGAUAUCCAAAAACAGCUACCCAAUUCCCGCUAUCAACUGGUCAUCAGAUCAUGUUAGUGAUCUGUUGAGCU